GGAAGUCGUCAUUUUGUUGUUGCUCCAGCUGUCAUGUGAUAGCUCACAUAGCUUACCCUAGAAGCUGCAGUGUUGACAGUAGCACUCAAGUAGAUAGUAGAAAUAAUCGACGAAAGUUUAACGCCUGCACAAGGGUGCCGUGGCAGAACCCGAAUUUUUUGGUUAGAUAGUUACCGGCAAAGAGAAGCUGGGGUUUUGUCAUUUGUAACAGCGCCGAACUCUCGUCGGACGCCAUGGGUUGCUGUUACAGCAGCGAAAACGAAACGGCAGAGGAGUCGGACGCCGAUGAGCGCAAGCAACUGAUCCCUAACCCAAACCCUGAGAGUAAACCGCUACAUGGCACAGAUUGGGGUGCUUCCAAUGUGCCUUCAGCACGCACAGACGAGCAGGCCCUUCUGACAUCCAUCUUAACAAAGACUGCACAGAACAUUAUUGAUGUCUCUGCUACUGACUCUCAGGGGAUGGAGCAGCAUGAAUACAUGGACAAAGCUCGACAGUACAGUUCAAAGCUGGCUGUGUUGAGUAACACCUUGCCCCAGAAGAAGGCUCAUUUUUUGCCCUCCCUCACCAGCCAGCCCCACCAAGUGCUUGCUAGUGACCUAGUGCCGUACUCGGAUGUUCAACAGGUGUCCAAGAUAGCAGCUUAUGCCUACAGUGCAAUCUCACAGAUUAAGGUGGACGCAAAAGAGGAACUAGUUGUUCAGUUUGCCAUUCCCUGAUCCUGCUACUAUCUGCCACCUGCAGUAUUCCCCUUCCAAUCAGUCUCUCCUCUCGCUCUCACUAUCUCGCUCUUUCUCCCCUAAUCUGCCCAGCCGAACCUGUAGCCAGGCAUCUAUGGCCCUUUGAUUUAUAUUCAUGGAUUUAGCUUGACCUAUGAUUUAAACGGCCCCAUAUGACUUUGAUGUAUUGUGUAAACGUAUGGGUCAGAUGAUUACACUUACUGCCGACUGGUUACAGGAGCAUGUCGACUGGCAGAGAGGGGGCAGUUAAGAUAUUUGUUCAAAAUGACCCAGGCCCCCUUGUUUACAUUAAGACUAAAUCAAAAACAAUUGGCCAGUUCAGAGAACAGUGGCUUUUGCCGGCUCUAAAGUAAUACAUAAGGCAUGCAGGACCUAUGUAUUAAUUGCUAGCUGCUAGCUAUAAAAUGUAUACCAUUUUGGUAUAGUUUUCAAAAAGCUUUAAAAAAAAAAAAACGAAAUAUGAGGUUAAUAAACAUGUGUUGAGCCCAGAGCUUGGAGUGCAAUGGCACUGAAUUUGUUCCAGCUCCACACAGGCUUCCUGAAAUGGCCUUCCCCAUUUCUCAUUUUCUCCAAGUAUAGCAAGAUAGACGGCAACUUGGUAUUAAUAGUAAGGGGAAGGCCUAUUUAUUUUAAAAUCCCAGUACAUGGUGAAUAUGUAAUGAUUUAAUGUUUGUUGCACCAGACUAAGUUAAGUAAAUCGCAACAACAAUAGAAUCAUUUACCAGCGACCACUCAAGGUUAUUCAAUUCCAGAUAGGGAUUGAUCAACAAAUUAAUUACCCUUUCCAUGUAAAAUCAAACGGCAUCACAUUCGUAAUCUGCAGACCAGACAAGCAUUUUGCUAUCCCAUUCAACACCACAUGGGGGACCCUAAAAUGGUGUUCUUCCCUUACUCGUAGGGCAGGGGGAAAAGGGCAAACUAGUACUGUGCUGGGUGAGAAAACUUAUCUAUGUCAAAGGGCAUCACGGACCCCUUAACUGUGUGUUUGGUUGGGUUUAAAGAAUACAGCGUAUGCCCUAUCUGGUUCAUGCCUAAAAAAACUAUUUAUACUUAAAUCCUGGAAAGAAAUUAGUAGGAAGGGGGUGUGACUUAGUCCCACGGCAGUAGAUAAUGUGUGCCUUUGUACAUCAUUUUGUGAUUCUGGCAGGCGGCAAGAUAUAUAUCACAUUGGAUGGAGAUUUGUGUUGGUUUUUGGCUGCAGUCCUUUGAGAGUAUUCUUUAUGCAACCAACUUUUAAAAGCAGUUUGCUAAAGCUUUAAAACAAAACAUCUUAACACCCGAUCUUGAUUGAGUUAUCCAUAUUAAGACUAACUGCUACUGUAACUGUACUAAUAGAAAUGUUGUUUAUAUUCACCCAGAGAGGAAAUGAUCCAUGAGCUUUUAUUUUUCCAUUUUUGUUUUACUAUGUGACUUCUCAUGGUAUAAUACAAGAUUGUGCAAGGCAACCCAGUGGGACGAGUCUGAAUUGGGUCUCUAAAGGGAUAAUUUGUUUAUUUUUUUAACCAGAAUUAAAUAACACAAACUUUUUUUUAAGUUCUCUCUGCAUUCUGUCAUUUUUUAAAAUCAUAUUUUGUUAUACUCCCUUGAUUAGGCUUGCAUUAAUUUUUUCUAUGGAUUCCCCCGUUUAAUGUUUGUUUAUUUAAUGCAUUAAAGAUAAAAUGUGUCAUCAUAAAACCAACAUUUUUGGUUACGGAUUG